AUGUCUACAUUUGAUAGAUUUAAUAUUCAUGCACAGUUGGAACAUCUACAGAGCAAAUAUCAAGGCUCAGGUCAUUCUGAUACAACUAGGUGGGAAUGGUUAACGAAUAUCCACAGAGACACCUUAGCAUCGCAUGUUGGACAUUAUUCAAGGUUGGCUUAUUUUGCAAUUGUAGAAAAUGAACCAAUUGCCAAAAUAAGAUAUCGAUGUCUUCAGAAUAUGUCACUUCCAGUCGUUCCCAAGCCAAAAAAGGAAUUGAAGCAAUAA